UUAUUAAAACAAAAUUGCCGUUUGAAUUUCUCAUCUACUUAUUGACCGAUCUUUGUCCGAUUAGCGAGUUGAAUAUGUGAUAUGGCGAGAGAUGGCGUUAGGGAGAAAGAAAGAGAGAGAGAGAGUGAGAAAGAAAACAUGGAUGUAUAGUUGAGUGCGCAUGCGUGUCGUGUCCAUACCCGUGGCUCGUACCUGUCAUGGAUUCCUAAGAGCCGUUUGUGCGAGCGCAGGCACGCGCGAUCGAACAAUUUUCGUCGUGAAAAUCGGUUGUACAAUAUUUUCCAACUUGUUAAUAGAAAAGUCCGUAAGAUUAAACUGGAAGAAAACGAGAUUAAAAAUAAACGGUGAUGAGGUUAUACAUGUACAAGAUAAAGCGACGGUUGUUCGAUUUUCCAAGUGCCGCGCACGGUCAGAUUGUCUAUUCGAAAUGAACAACUACUACUUCGGCAUGGAACACGAGCUUUUUCCUGUCAACCUGGAGAAAAAUAAAGAGGAGCAGGUGGCAAAGAUUGGAGAGAGGAUUCUUUAAGAAACAGAGCUGGGUCUACUGAAGGAGCUUUUCCGUCUGGAAAUAUCUGAACCAACCUACGACAAAAAGGAAGAAAAGUGGUUAGAAAAAAAGGAGGAGGUGUGGAAGAAAAGGUGGAGAAGAGCUUCAAAUAAAAAGAAAACAACCAAUUCAGAAAACUAAGAUAAUAGUUAAAAGUCCAAAGAUGAGGCAAGUCGUGGUCCUAGAGCCGGCAGGCAGCGUUCUGGUGAUCAGGCAGACUUCUUUGAGUAAUAGUGGUGGUGGUGGUGGUGUCACAGGAGCUAGCAACGUCAAUUUAUCAGCGAAUAAUAACGGGCAUGAUGGUCAUACUCUUGCCAAUCACGUAUCAGUAUCAUCGAAUGCCUCUAAUGACCACAAUCAGAACCGUAUUGUUGUUGUGCGUUCCUCGUCCACUUGCAUGACAACUACGGUCGACGAGAACACGUCUAACAACGGAAACGGUAAUAUCAAUGUGAAUGCCAACAUCAAUGGCAACUCUAUUGGUAGUAUCAAUUGCAAAACAUCGGCAACUGUCGGCCUCGGUGGUGUGUCCAAGUCGGUUGAAAGAAACGAUCACAAGAAUCAGGAAGGAAUCGUCGUUGGUGGUGGUACUACUGCUUCUGCUGGUGCCGUAGGAGAAUCGAACUCUGGAUGUCGUAUAAGAACGAGCAAGGAUGCCGUUCACGAGAGCGUAACCAUAGAGAGGAAGUUCGAUGGCGCGGAUCCCAUCUCCGAUGGGGAUCCCAUAAAGCUUCCGGAGAAUUUAGAGACUUUGCCGCGGGCCGAGCAUUUUCCCACGCAAAGACACCGAUGGAAUACCAACGAGGAAAUUGCCGCCAUCCUGAUAAGCUUUCAAAGGCACACCGAGUGGCAAAGUCGGGAAGUUAAAGUUAGACCUCGAAGUGGCUCGAUGUUGCUUUACUCGAGAAAAAAGGUUCGCUAUCGGCGAGAUGGUUACUGUUGGAAAAAACGAAAGGAUGGUAAAACCACGCGGGAGGAUCACAUGAAACUUAAGGUCCAAGGCGUCGAAUGUAUCUACGGUUGUUAUGUGCAUUCGGCGAUCCUACCAACGUUUCAUAGGAGAUGCUAUUGGCUCCUUCAGAAUCCAGACGUUGUUCUCGUCCAUUACCUGAACGUUCCAUAUCCGGACGGCGAUGCGAAGUUAGCGGCAUUGCCAACGUGUCUUGCAUUGCCACCAGACAAGAAGGAAUGGACGCGGGACGAAUUAGCUUCUCAAUUAAGGCCCAUGUUCCUCGGUGGAGACGAUGAUCCAAAUAAUCCUCAUUUAACACAACACUCCACUCAUCCGGUUGACAUGAUCGUUUCGCAAUUGCUAGAUAGACAGAGGGCAUCGUCUACUUCUUCUAGCAGUAGCGCACAACUUGCACCCAGAAGAUUAACACCAGAUAAUCAGGUUUCAUCAACGACCGGCGGUCAGCAGCCCUCAACAACAGCUUCGCCGGCUCCACGUGUAUAUUCUAGACAUUCCCAUUCGACUCAGAGCCAGCAACCGGCUCCUUUAGUUUUAAGUUUGCAACAAAUUCAAGGUGGAGGUGGUCUUCUGAUACUUAACAGUCAACCAUAUCAUCAUCAACAACAGCAGCAGCAACAACAGCAACAACAACAGCAGCAGCAGCAGCAGCAGCAGCAGCAACAACAACAACAACAACAACAACAACAACAACAACAACAGCAGCAGCAACAACAACAACAACAACAACAGCAGCAUCAGCAAGUGGAAAUGCAACAAGUGACGGAGCAACAAAUCGUUCAGCAAACUAGCGUCGAUAGAGAACAACAAACACAGCAAGAGAUCGAUGCACAGGAUAGCAUGGAUCGAUCAACUGUUCAAUCCUUACCUAUCACCAGUUCAGCUUCCGAGGUCACAGAUUUCGCUAAGAUGUUAGACUUGAGUCAAGAAGAUAUUCAGAGGACGUUAUCCGCAAACAUGGUUCCGCCCUCCCCGUCACCCUCACCCGCAGACGAUAGCAUGAUAAAUCCGAUGGACUUUAUCGAUUCCUCCGACGAUGUUCUUAUCAACUUGGAUGCCUUCGACGUGUUUGGGGAUCUACCGGAAUUACACGAUUUCGAGGCAGAAGAUACGAAACCGGAUAUCAGAGGUGGACCUGAAAACGAUGUUGGAUGUCAGCCUGGGACAACCGUCCAGAUCGCAGAAUACAGUCCUGAGUGGAGUUAUACCGAGGGUGGAGUCAAAGUUUUGGUUGCCGGUCCAUGGACAGGUGGGAACGGCUCGCAGAAUUAUUCGGUGCUUUUUGACGCGGAACCAGUGAAGGCGUGUUUGGUUCAACCUGGUGUAUUGCGUUGCCAAUGUCCUGCCCAUGCUCCAGGUAUCGCGUCUCUUCAGGUAGCAUGCGAUGGAUUUGUCGUAUCGGACAGCGUUGCUUUUGAAUAUCGAAGAGCACCUACAACCGAGCCGAAUCCAGAAAGAGCAUUGUUGGAUCGAUUGGCGGAUGUGGAAUCUCGAUUGCAAGGACCAGGUCCGCCGUCCCCAGCGGCUCACCUGGAAGAACGAUUGGUGGCUUAUUGCCAGGAUGCUGUCGUUCGUCCGUGGAGAGUCGGUGCCGAAGCUCUUCAAUCAGGUGGACCGACCCUGUUACAUUUGGCAGCAGGAUUGGGAUAUUCUAGAUUAGCUUGCGCGUUGCUACAUUGGAGGGCCGAAAAUCCGAGUAACGUAUUGGAUGCUGAAGUGGAUGCUCUUAGACAAGACAGUGCUGGAUUGACACCGCUCGCCUGGGCUUGUGCCGCUGGUCAUGCUGAUACCGCUAGAAUCCUUUAUAGAUGGAAUGCGAUGGCGUUGCGCGUGAGGGAUCGUCAAAACAGAAGCGCAACCGAGCUAGCAGCAGAGAACGGACACACGGCAAUCGCCGAAGAACUGAAUCGGCUCGAAGCCAGAAGGCAAGAUGAGAGGCUUUUCUUGCGACCAGCCAGCCCUAGCCCUAGGAGGCCUUCUCAAGACAGCGGUCUCGAUCUGGCGUUGUGUGGUUCCCCGCUCCUGGACAACAUGGAAUUGUUGCAAGAGGAUGAGUCGUCGUUAGGCCUCGGCGAUCAGGGAAUGGAGAGCGCUCCGACCCCUCAAGAGACCGUAGGGGAAGAAGACGCGAGGGUGCUGACGUUGGCCGAACAAAUAAUAGCCGCGCUACCGGAAAGGAUCAAGAGAGCGGAAGGUGAUUCUCCGUCUUCUUCCUCGUCCCCUCCGCCGCCGCCACCACCGUUGUCGCCGUUAGAAGAUGCUUUGAUGGAGCAAAUGCCUCUCGAUUCUGGCGAAUUGUUCGACUCGUACCGUGAAUGCAGCGGAGGCGCGGCCUCCGUCUCAGAUGCCGACGCCGAGGCGAGUCCAUCGAGUCCUUCCAGCAGUUGCCUGACACCGGACUCGCCCUCGCCACCACCGACAACGGCAGACUUUUGCGAAUUUUUGCAAUUGCAGCUGCAACUAGACGGUGGUAACAAUCCAAACGCUGCCGGUCAAUACUAUCCAAGCUGUAACGAACGGAAAUUUCCUUCUGGAAAUGAUGGAAAUGGGAAUACCGAUGGGAACGAAGCUGACUUGAGUAGGUUGACCUUGUCCGAUCGAGAACAGAGGGAACUUUAUCAUGCCGCGAGAAUGAUCCAGAAGGCCUAUCGGAGUUACAAGGGUCGUCAGAGGCAAGAAGAAGCCGAAAGACACGCAGCCGUUCUCAUACAACAGUAUUAUCGUCGGCAUAAGGAGUGCGCUUAUUACAGGCAAGCUACAAAGGCAGCCCUGGUAAUUCAAAGCAAUUAUCGGAAUUAUCGGUCUCGUCCAGGAUCAACUUGCUCGAGGCAACAGGCAGUACAUCAGCAAGCGGCUCAUCAAGCCGCCCGAAAGAUCCAACAAUUUAUGCGCCAGUCUAAAAUCAAACUGCAGAACGCCAGGGCCGCCGCAAACGGGAACGUGAGGCAGCCAGUGGGCAUUUCACGGGCGGUUGCUGUCCCCCAAAGCUCGCACUCAUCUAGCCCAGGGGCCAGCCUACUAGCCGGCAAGCCAGAGGUCAUUUAAACGAUCGUCAAUCCAACGGCACGAGGAACGCCAAUGCCGACACAAUCGGAAAGUAAUUCUCCAAGAGGAAAAUCAUUUCAAUUUGAUCGGUUCAUUCAUUCGUUCGUUUAUUUAUUUAUUCAUUGAUAAAUCAUUUUAUGCUUAAUCCUUUCAUUACGGUAGUCGACUUCCUGCAGAAAAGUGUGCAAAUUGCACAUCGGUAGUCUUCUAAAGUGGACGAGGCGUUUGCAUUUGCGUUUUUCAACGUUAUUGUGAGCAUUCUCUUGUAUGUACAUUUUUUUAAGUAUUACAUAACAAAUGUCUCGUCUUAUUAUAUGAGAAACAUAAAAAUAAGUACAUUAUAUGCAUAGGACAGAUUUUGUAUCGGUAUUCAGGCACGAAGAAAAAAAAUGGAUCCAACUUGUAUGCGUAUAUUAGAUUAUAAUAAUUCAAUGGAUAAAGAUAAAGACGAUAUAUGGUUAUAAGCACUGUGAACUCAACACGCAAAUCAUCGAAAUGGCAUCACAACAUUUGUUGUUUUCAUUUGCUAAACACAUGCGUGUGGAUUGCUUAUUGCCUGCCUUUACAAAUAUAAAAUGAAGAACACAUAUUCUUGGCUAACUUUCAAUUGCAAUUAAUCUGGGAAUUACUGGAAAAGCAUUGUAUCAUCGAAGUAAAAAAAAAAGUCGGCAACUGUAGUGGGCGCUCGUAACGAAAGGAUUAAAGAUAAUAUAUUUUUUUUCUUUAUGGACUACGAGAGAACAAAAAAGAGCUUUUUGCCCUAUACAGGGUGAAUCAAAUUUCUAUUUUGAAUACUUAUUUUCUACUUCUUACAUUUUCACGUCUAACAUUUUACAUUUGUUUACGAAAACAACAUAGUGCCACCGGACAGUAUAGUUUUCAUUAUAUUUUUGACUAAUCUUAUAUGUGAUUUGAUUUCAAUUUUUAGGCAUAAACUUGUCUUCCUUAAUGUUAUAUCUAUUGAGAUUAAAUUUAGUUUAUUUUU